AUGCGGACGGCGAUUAGUGGACGGUGUCCGCUAAGGCGGACAUUGAGUGUGUUGGCUAUCCAUUCCUAUGAGGUGGAUGAUGUGCAGUUAUUGGGGGGGGUUGAGGCGUUGCGGGGAGAGACGAAGGCGGAGACGGAGGAAGUCCGGUGGCUGAGUCGUUACUGGGAGCUGAUUGAGCCGGAAGUGUAUGAGGGGCUACGCCCAGUGUAUCAGGCUUCUUUGAGGAAACGGCGCUGUAAGGUGGUGACAGAAUUAUUGGGUCAUGAGGCGGCGGAGUGGACGACUUUCGGUGGACGAGUUGUGUACGUGCCUACUCUCUGUGAGCUGACCACGGUAGCACGGCGCUUGGAGCGGGACCAGGUGAGUAACUGGAAGAGAGACUGGGAGGCGAGUAGUGACUAUGCGGUCUACGGCCUGGUUUACAGCUCGCUGACUCCAAAGCAAUGGGAAAGAAUGCGGAAGGUAACUAUUGCGUCCUUCGCAAACUGUAACUUGGCCUACGUAGAACUUGCAUCGAUGAUUUCCAACUUCGUCCAGAUGCCUUACGGAACUGUGGACGCGCCUAUUCGGCGCCUGAUUAUGAACCAGAUGGGCAUCGGCGCAUCCGUAUGCAAAUUCCGCUUCUGGACCACUGGCUGCCUUCUGCAAUAUUCGGGAACCACAAUUGAAAGCCUUAUCGACUUUUGCACCACAGAGUUAGGCUACAACCCCGUAAGCGACUCCGAGGGUCAACGAAAUCUUCAGUGUCUGAAGAUGCCACAGGGCUACAACGAGUACAGCAGAAGGGGCAAGAAAGACGCCGCAAGACGUAAGGAGAUACUACUGCGAAAACUUGACAAGCUGCCCACAGUGUCUGUUUCUGAAUUCGGGACCAUGACCCGGAGUAGCUUGAACGAAAGAUUGAACGCCUCUCCGAAUACGUUCUCGGGCAACACUUUUUCAGACAACAACGCUUCUCAGGAUACAACCAAUCAGGAUACAACGAAUCAGGAUACAACGAAUCAGGAUACAACGAAUCAGGAUGCAAGUCUGCGAGUGCUUCAACCACAGGAGGCUUGGGGUAAGUGGAGGUCCCUGGAGAAGCGUACCUUCCCUUGGGCGGCUCAGUAUUGGAAAACGUUGGAGAAGAUGGAGUACAAGGCGCUGAGAGGUGGAGUGUCGACCCUCCCUAUGGUGAGGAGGCGUUCCUGGAAGAAAGUUGGCCACUUGCUUCCAAAGCAAUUCCCGUGUGACGAGUGGACCAUGGUCGUAAAUGAUGGAGAGCCUAGACCGCUGUAUAUCCCGACGCUCGCCAUCUCGGGUAUGCGGAAGAUGGACUGUAACGCAGUCUCCAACACGGAUUCAAGCACUGGCUCGAACACGGACUGGAACCGGGAUUUUGCAGCUUAUCGCACAAUUCACGGCUCCUUGACCGAAGAUCAGUGGAAAAGGUUGAGAACUGUGAACGUCGAGAAUUUCUCAAGCUGCAAUCUGGCUUUCGUUGGACUUGCCGCAAUAAUUUCUUCCUUCGUGGAUGCGCCUUACGGUCUCCUUGAUAUUCAAGUCGCAAGGAAAUUGGGAGAGAAACUGAAGGCAAGUUAUUCCUCUAAUAGACUUCGAAGGUGGAUGACGGGAUGCCUUCUUGAGCAUUGCGGUGUAUCUACUGACAGUUUAGCCGAUUUUUGUGUUACUCAGCUAGGGUUCAAGCCCCCAGUUCGAUAUCCUACUAGGGCAGAACGUUUUGCCAAGUGUCUGUGCCAAGCCAGGACGUACACCGACAACCCAGACAGGGAUGCAUGCCGAACAAGAUUAAAACGUAAACUGCGGGGACUCCCCACCGUCACGGCGGAGGAAUUCAGCAGGUUGGACAAAAAAACUUGCAGGGAAAAACUGGCACAGAGUCGUCUCACCUCCGUCGCUCCAGAAGCUAAGGAGCCCCGGAAGACUGCCGGACACAAACGAAGGAUGACAGACCCGAACUGUGGGUCUUCAGACUACACGCCCCCACCCAGCAAGCGGAACGCCGAGGCGAGCAAGCAGAACGCUGAGGCCAACUGCGACAGUAGCUGCUUGCUAACCGGUCAGUUGGAGCAGGCGAGGGGUCAGUUCGAGCAGGCUGAUAAUGAUCGACUGUCUCGGUUGAUCAUGGACCUGUCCAAACGAAUGUCAUUGUCGAAACCGCCACGAGAGUGA